AUGUGGGCGUUGAAAAAUAUUGGAGACACAUUUCUUACAAAAGACAUCGGUACGCGCCAAAUCAUCCUUGGUGUGUUUCAGCGACAGAAAAACGAGCAAAACGUUAACGGAAAAUUUGCGGUCAUACAUUUCCUUGGCGAUGGCCGAAUGGAACAUCCGCUCUACUGUUUCUCGAAGCAGCCUGACAAUCGAUACUUGGGUACGCGCCAAAUCAUCCUUGGUGUGUUUCAGCGACAGAAAAACGAGCAAAACGUUAACGGAAAAUUUGCGUAUCCCAUGCUACAGUACAACGUAUUCAUCGCGGUAAACGCGCCUCAUCGCAUUGCUCCUGGGCACGGGGCCACAUUAGCAUGGAGUGUGCGAGGCUUGAAAAUUGGCACUACACCAGAUGUUGAAGACGCUAUGAUCGUCACACUUGAACAACCACUACGAGAACCGCGUCACGACCUUGUGGUCUGCAUGGCGCCAAUGUACAUCUACACCGAUUGGGAGACACUUCUUGUCGGGAUCGAGACAUGGCUUGCGCUUGGGGCCACCAAAAUUAUCGUACCUGUACAGUCAGCUUCAUUAUCAAGCUACAAAAUUCUUCAGGAAUACGAAAAAAGAGGCAUUGAGGAGUCACAUGUGAACUGCUUGUUCUUCGCGAAACCAUGGGCGAAUAUGAUCGUCUUUUCUGAUAUUGACGACCUACUACUUCCAGUUGAUCCGAUGCAAAUUAAAGCCGGCAUUAAUGUGGAGAUUUUGAAGAAUUUGUUCGCAGAACAUCCUCAAGCCGGAUCAUUGUUAUUCGAGCAUCGUGAUGUACAGUUCCAGUUGCCUGUUCUACAGGAUUCCCCGACCACCCUCGCUAACUUCAAUUUCAAUUUUCUCACCGAAUCAAAAUUCAAAAUGAACUGUAAUGUGUGGAGGAUGAAAACACGUGUGGUCGUCAACGCCAGUCGAGUUGACUCUGUGAACAUGCACGAGACGGGAAUUCAUCGCUUCGGUUACGUUCAAACCAGGGUACCGUGUCGACAGUUUGCUAUACAGCUGAGCCUACAGAUGUCAAAACAUGUGGACUGUGUGGCGGCACGAGCGGAGUACGACUUCUUCCGUUCUGGUUCCGGCUAUUUCCUGCAAACGACCAACGUCUCCAUUACUGCUUCGGAUCCGAACUGUGAAGCACCAGUUCCUCAAAUCGUCGCUGGAAAUCACUACUUUGCACCAUGA